CGUGACCCCAGCGGACGGGUCGAGCCGGUCUGACAGACAGACGCGUUCUUCAGCAGACUUCACGCGCCCUAAACACCUGUUACAGGACAAGAGCAGAACGAAGGAGCUUCUGCUGCCGGACCCAGUGACAGGGUAAUUUAUGUGUGCUGGGUUGAAAAACAACCAUUAUCCUUCUCUGCAAACAAGAUCAUCGUAGGAUCACGACUUUAUCACAAGUUUCCCCAUCGCCACAAUGAGCAUCCCUGUGAAAGAACGCAAACCGAAGAAGCCUCACUACGUCCCUCGUCCGGCCGGGAAGCCAUUCAAAUACCAGUGCUUCCAGUGUCCCUUCACCUGCAACCAGAAAUCCCACCUGUUCAACCACAUGAAGUACAACCUGUGCGACGUCUCCAUCUCCAUCAGCUCCAGACACAGCAGACGCAGCUCCGCCAACCUCUCACCGCAUGUGGAUGAAGACGCGUCUUCAGAGGAGGAUGUGGACGUCCUUGCAACACGUCCCGCAGAGAUCCAAGUGGAGUCUGAACCGUCAGAUCCUCCAGCGGUGUCAUCAUCGUUGGAAAAUUGUGAGGAAGCAGCCUUAACUAUACGCAAACCAGAAGCGCUCCGUCCUCACAGUCCUGGGUCCGUCUGGAGGCCUCCGGUCUCGUUCACUCCCACCGAAAACAACAAGCCACACCUGCAGGAACGAACGGAGGACUUUUCGUACCAUCCGGGGUUUCAUUUACCUCUCCAUCCUCAUUAUAACCCUUACAUCUACGAGCCUGUCCCUCACCCUUACGUCCUGGACACUCGUGGACUGUUUCCACAGAUGCUGUUCCCAGUGACAUCCAUGUCUCCGAUGCCAGAGGAGUAUUUCAGGUACUACUACACAAUCCCGACUCCCAGCUACCAUCCACCGUAUUCAUUCCGGCCGGUGAUGGACGUCAGCUCUGCUUUUGCAGUACCGCCGCAGCACUUGUAUAACCCGUAUGCUGCGCUCGUAAUGAAUCUGAAGGGGAAGGAGGUUCAGGUGAGUCCGCAGACAGGACACUCCGCUGCUGGAUCACCUGACAGACCUGACGGCUUUGAUCAUUCCCAGCAGCCACCACAUGGGGGGGAUGCAGUACCAGCCAGCCAAUUAGAAGAGAGGGGUGUGGCCACACAGCCACAAGAGGACAAGAGCCCCCCUGAGAGGUUGUCGGAGAUGGAGAGAGGGGGAAAUGACAGUAAAAAUGAAAGAUUUGAUGAUGAUACUUUGGUCCCUCUCAAUCUCUCCAGAAGAGACAGUCCUCUGAACCUGUCAAUUAAGAUGUCUACAGCUCCAUCAGACAGCCAAUCACAGAGCUGCUUGAUGACUGAGGGAAUUAUGGGUGCUGUGACAUCACAAGAGGAUGAUCAUUUAUCAGUAGAGAAGACGGCCGCGUUUGCUCUCUGUCAGCUGGCCCAGUCCGGUGUUUCAGACCUCCGCAGAAACUCAAACAGCAGUUACUCUGAUUCAAACGUCUCUCAUGAGCAAAUAACAAACUUUCCCACCUCAGUCCAGAAUCCCGUGUCUGAACGGAGUGAUCACAUGGAGCUCACGCAAACAGCUUCCACUUCUCCAGAUGUUAAAUCAGAUACAGAUGUAGAAUGCCCCGCCCCUUCCACCACUGAAGUCUCCGCCUCCUCGUCAAGUGAUGCGCGUCAAACACGGACAAAAAGACACGGAAAACACAACAUGAAGAGAAAACAGACGAGCAGCAAACACAAUCUGAGGAAGAGAAUUCGCCGUCAGAAAAUCACCACAGAAAUGUCAAAAAAAGCCUGUAAAUGAGACUAUUUUAUAUAACCGACUAUAUAACCAUCAUGUGAAGCACUGAAUCAUAUUUAUAUUUGUAAAACACUGCAUUUUUUUUUUUUUUUGUUUCAUGAGAUUUUCAUGCUGACAUUUGUAAAAUAAAUACUAAAAAACUGGUUUGAAA